AUGUCCAACCAAUCCAAUUGUAUUGAUCCUCGUGGAGAUGUCAGCCUCAAGAUCAAAACCCCAGAGAAAGAAGUCACUGCCGUGUUUCUCGCCUGCUCACGUGCGUUAGCCCGUGCAUCUCCUGUGUUUGACCGAAUGUUAUACGGGAAUUUCGCUGAAGCCAAAAGCAACAACUCCAACACAACAGACUGGAUCGUUAAACUAGAAGAUGAGAAGCCGGCCCCAAUGGAAACUUUCUUGAAUCUGGCACACUCCAAUUUUGCUAGAAUACCAAAAACCUUCUCUAUCGACAACUUGUACGACCUUGUUGUAUUAACUCAUUACUACGACGCAACACAUCUAUUGGCGCCCUGGAUUGAGACCUGGCUUUCCUCUGUCGGAGAAAUUGUACGAGAUGCCAGUGAUAUCAUGUCAAAAAUGAUUUGGAUCACUUGGGAGCUCGGCCGCAAAGAGCAAUUUACGAUUAUUGCACGUCGCAUGUUAAUGGAAGCGAAGGAACCAUGGCCCUCCGCAGCAGAUGAUUCUGAGGCCAUCCAAGCACCUCCGUACAUCAUUGGUAUUCAACGUAUUAACGCUGUCCGCAAUCAAACCAUCCAAGAAUUGUUAGACAUAAUUCGCGACAUGGUUGGGAAACUCAUCAUCGUGGACGAACAACCCAGGUGGUGUCGUCACGCGACUUGGAUGGGUCACCAUAGAUGCGAAUCCAUGUUACUGGGGUCUAUGACAUUUUGUCUGGCUAGAGCGGGCCUUUGGCCUGUCCCCGAAGUUAGUCUUUUGGAAAUGAGCUUGGUUGAUCUCCACAGGACACUAACGAGUCUGAUUAUUCACGACAUUGGAGAAACAAGCGAAAAGCCAGUCAUAGACCAUCGGGAAUGCAACCCAGGGCCAUACCUCUUGGACAAGGUUCAGCGAGUGAUGAGCAAUAUUCCAAGUACCGUAACAGACUACCAUUUUAAAUGUUUAGAUGAGCGAGCCAAAAGCUUGAAGUAG